UGCCUAUUCUCUUCACUUAACCCAAGAAGCCAUUGCAAAUAACCCAAAAACCCACUGAGGGAGACUGACAUUGUUUCCCAGAAGUAAAUACAGCUCAGCUUGUACUUUGGAACAAUUGGUCAACCUUGCUACUUGCACAAUCAACUAGCAAAGGUUAUGCAGUGCCGGAACAUGAUCAUGGCAGAAUCACCAGGCCUCUUCACCAUCUGUCUUUUAGGAUAUCUACUCAGUGCUGAAUGUACAGUUUUUCUUGAUCGUGAAAAUGCCACCAAAAUUCUGAAUCGGCCAAAGAGAUAUAAUUCAGGUAAACUGGAAGAGUUUGUUCAAGGGAACCUUGAGAGAGAAUGUAUAGAAGAAAAGUGCAGUUUUGAAGAAGCACGAGAAGUUUUUGAAAACACUGAAAAAACUACUGAAUUUUGGAAGCAAUAUGUUGAUGGAGAUCAAUGUGAGUCUAAUCCAUGUUUAAAUGGCGGCCUAUGCAAGGAUGACAUUAAUUCCUACGAAUGUUGGUGUCAAAUUGGAUUUGAAGGAAAAAACUGUGAACUAGAUGCAACAUGCAGCAUUAAGAAUGGCAUGUGCAAGCAGUUUUGUAAAAAGGGCACAGAUAACAAGGUGCUUUGUUCCUGUACUACAGGAUACCGACUUGCAGAAGACCAAAAGUCCUGUGAACCAGCAGUGCCAUUUCCAUGUGGGAGAGUUUCUGUCUCACUCAAUUCUCUGAAGUUUACUCGUGCUGAGACUAUUUUUUCCAAUAUGGACUCUGAAAAUUCUACUGAAGAUGAAACAAUUUUGGACAACGUCACUCAAAGCACCCAACCAUUUAAUGACUUCACUCGAGUUGUUGGUGGAGAAAAUGCCAAACCAGGUCAAUUUCCUUGGCAGGUCCUUCUGCAUAAUAAAGUUGAAGGAUUCUGUGGAGGUUCCAUUGUUAAUGAAAAAUGGGUCGUAACUGCAGCCCACUGUAUCAAACCUGGUGUUAAAAUUACCAUUAUUGCUGGUGAGCAUAACACCGAAAAGGAGGAGCCUACAGAGCAAAGGCGAAAUGUGAUUCGUGUUAUUCCUCACCACAACUACAAUGCAACUAUUAAUAAGUACAGCCAUGACAUUGCCCUUCUGGAAUUGGAUGAACCUUUAAUGCUAAACAGCUAUGUAACACCUAUUUGCAUUGCUGACAGGGAAUACACAAACAUCUUCCUCAAAUUUGGGUCUGGCUAUGUGAGUGGCUGGGGAAAAGUCUUCAACAGAGGGAGAUCAGCUUCAAUUCUUCAGUACCUUAAAGUUCCCCUUGUUGACCGAGCCACAUGCCUUCGCUCCACAAAGUUCACCAUCUAUAAUAACAUGUUCUGUGCUGGCUUCCAUGGGGGAGGUAAAGAUGCAUGCCAAGGAGAUAGUGGGGGACCCCAUGUUACUGAAGUGGAAGGCAUCAGCUUCUUAACUGGAAUUAUUAGCUGGGGUGAAGAGUGUGCAGUGAAAGGAAAAUAUGGAAUAUAUACCAAGGUAUCCCGGUAUGUCAACUGGAUUAAGGAAAAAACACAGCUCACUUAAAGAAAAAUGUAUCUCCAAGGUUCACAUAUUUGGGAUUAAAAAUGAACAAGGUCUUUUACUAACUAAUCACUUUCCCCUCUCAUCAGAUUUGAACAUAUACAUUCGGUGAAUAUUGAUUUUUCUUUUUAUGGGGAGAAAUCUGUCUAGAAUUGAUAUUUUGUAGAAUAAAUAAAUUAGAAAAUCAAAUCAUUUGAGAAAUAUAGUGUGGUAAUAAUUUGUGACCAUGAAAAAAAUGUGAAGUUAUUUUCUUCAUCCUGAUCAUCAGGCAUUAUAUUUCUCCACCAGCAACUCCCUGAUUCUCCCUCCUCAGCAGCAUUCCAUGUUCCAGAUAUUUCUUACUUCUCCCACCAAAACGUCAAUAUGUAUUAUAUCAGAUCCAGGAUAUUUGGUCUAGUCCAUCACAAGUCCAACAUCACACUCAUAAAGGAAGAACACUGGGACAACUGACAGGUUAAAACUCAUCAGAAAUACUACUUCUUUUUCUGUACUCUUAUAUCUGCAUCCUUUAUCUUUUACAACUUCUAAUCUCUAAAUCAUUUUUUCUCUUUCUCUCUCUUCUUUUCCCUACACAUAGAGGAGGGAAGGAAAGCAUAAUACUGUUUUACUGGUAUGCACAAUGAUAUAUAUCUAUCAAACCCAGACUUGUCUUCAGUUUAGUCUUGGAUUUGCUUAUCUGAGCAUAGGGAUGAAGUAAGGUCUAAAGAACUUAGGGGGAAAGUUCCUCUCAGAGAGUCACGUUAUUAAAUACAUAUAUAAUGGAAGGGAUGACUUAUCAGAAUAGUUCCCUAAGACCUUGUAAUUGUAUUGUUAUGGAAGUCUGAUUAGAAAUGGUUCUAUGAAUUCAAACUGACAUGGUAUUAUAGCUAAGAAAGCUAAAAAAUAUUAACAGAAAGAGAUCAGUUUGCAGUAUAGAACUAAUAGAGUCAGCAAGGAAGAAUUCAUCAGUGUGUCUCCAGUGCUAACCAGGGCUAAAGAAGUUGCCCAGAUUAGAGAACAAGAGCAUCAUGUACCCCUAAUUAGUGUAUCCCCACAGUGGAGAAGGGUAGAAAAGGCUCACAGACG